CGCGCAGUCACCUCACUUGUGUCAAACAUGGCUGUGCUUUUGAAGAGAGAAAAAUGCUGAAUUGUCUCGGUAUAUUUAGUAAAAAGAACCAAACAUGGCGAGGUUGGCUGAUUAUUUGAUUGUCGUUGGAUAUGACCACGAAAAAGCUGGGUCAGGAGAAGGAUGCGGGAAGAUUAUCCAGCGCUUUCCGGAAAAGGACUGGGAUGGCACGCCGUUCCCGCAGGGCGUGGAGAUGUUCUGCCAGCCUGGAGGAUGGAAGCUGUCCCGGGAGAGGAAGCAGCCCUCCUUCUUCACCGUGGUGCUGACUGACAUCGAAUCUGACCGCCACUACUGCUCCUGCCUCACCUUUCAUGAAGCGGAGAUUAACCUACAGGGAUCAAAGAGUGUGGAGAUGGAUGGAGAGGAAGAGGAGGAUGAAGAAGCAAGUGCACUAAUUCAGCCAGCUGAAGUCUUCACACCCAAAAGUCUUGUUCUGGUGUCCAGGCUGGAUUUCCCAGAAAUCUUCCGGGGCUGCCUGGGUCUGAUCUACACCGUCUACGUCGACAGUCUGAGUUUCCCGCUGGAGGGUCUGGUGGCCGGCCUCUUCACGUGCCUGGUGCCGCUGGCCGGGGGGUCCCAGAAACUAUUUUCUCUGGGAGCUGGAGACCGGCAGCUGAUCCAGACCCCUCUGAACAGCAGUCUGCCCGUCACGGGGAAGAGUGUAGCUCUGCUGUUUCAGCAACUUGGGAUCCAGAAUGUGCUGAGUUUGUUUUGCGCGGUUCUGACGGAACACAAGGUUCUGUUCCACUCCACCAGCUACCAGCGCCUGGGCGACGCCUGCCGGGCUCUGGAGGCCAUAAUGUUCCCCCUCAAAUACAGUUACCCCUAUAUUCCUGUCCUACCCUCCCAAUUGCUGGAAGUCCUGAGUUCCCCCACGCCCUUCAUUAUUGGGGUGCACUCCAUAUUCCAGAGUGAAAUAUUGGAGCUGCUGGACGUCAUCAUUGCAGAUUUGGACGGAGGAACCAUAAAGAUCCCUGAGUGCAUCCACCUGUCCCAUCUCCCUGAGCCACUGUUGCAGCAGACCCAGGCAUUGCUAUCUAUGGUUAUGCAUCCAGACCUAGAAAUUGCAGACAAUGCUUUUCCACCGCCUCGCACAGCCUCAUCCAACAUCAAACUGCUGGAUAAGGAGGUGCGGGCGGUUUUCCUGCGGCUGUUUGCCCAGCUCUUCCAGGGCUACCGAUCCUGCCUUCAGCUGAUCCGCAUUCACUCCGAGCCAGUCAUACACUUCCACAAGACAGCGUUCCUGGGCCAGCGAGGGCUGAUUGAGAAUGACUUCCUCACCAAGGUGCUGGAAGGCAUGGCCUUCGCUGGCUUCAUCUCAGAGCGAGGCCCUCCCUACAGGGCCUGCGAUCUCUUCGAUGAGUUAGUGGCCUUCAAUGUGGAGCAGUUUAAGCUGGAAGAGGAUGACCCAGUCAAGCUUCAGAAGCGUAUUCGGGAGAUCUCUGAUCAGCUUUAUAAAAACGAGAACCCAAACCCCCACAUGGCAUUCCAGAAAGUUCCCCGGCCAACAGAGGGGUCUCACCUGCGGGUGCAUGUCAUGCCCUUCCCCCGGCUAGACCCUAUUCUUGUGGGGAACCUGCUGCAGGAGGGCUUAGCCAAGCACCACGCCCCCAACACUUCCGCCCGUCCCGAGAAGAAGUGUGUGGUUCCUAAUGGCCCGCCCGUGGUGUCGAUCAUGGGGAAGAUGAGCUCAGUGUUUAACAGCGCGCGGAGACUGGAAGUGGUGCGGAGCUGCAUUGCCUUCAUUUUUGAAAGCAAGACCCUGGAGACCGAGAAGACGCUCCCCGCCGCGCUCCGGGCUCUGAAAGGGAAGGCAGCGAGGCAGUGUCUGACAGAGGAGCUCAGUCAGCACGUGCAGCAGAAUCGAGCUAUUCUGGACCACCAUCAGUUUGACUACAUCAUCCGCAUGAUGAACUGCGCCCUGCAAGACUGUUCCAGCUCUGAAGAGUACACUGUUGCUGCAGCACUGUUACCCCUGACAACAGCCUUUUACCGGAAACUGGCUCCAGGAGUGAACCAGUUUGCCUACACCUGUGUACAGGACCACCCUAUCUGGACCAACCAGCAGUUUUGGGAGACAACGUUCUAUAGUGAAGUACAGAACCAGAUCAGGUCACUGUACCUCAACACGCCAGAGGAGAAGCCAGGGCUCAUAGCCAGGCUGAAGGAGCGGGGCCCCCCCACCCUCGGCCCCCCCGACUCGGAGCGUACGGCCAUGGGCCUGGCCGCCGAGCAGCUGCGGGUGUGGCCUAACCUGGGCAAGGAGAAGCAGCAGGAGCUGGUGAAGAACGAGGAGAGCACGGUGUUCAGCCAGGCCAUCCACUACGCCAGCCUCAUGGUCUACCUGCUGGUGCCCCUGGACAGCAGCAAGAACAAGCUGCUCCGCUCCACGCCUGCCGGAGACUGGGAGAGCGGCAGCAACAGCAUAGUCACCAACAGCAUCGCCGGCAGCGUGGCCGAGAGCUUUGAUACUGAGAGUGGCUUUGAGGACUCGGAGAACAGUGACAUCGCCAACUCGGCGGCCAGGUUCAUCGCCCGCUUCAUCGAUAAGGUGUGCACGGAGAGCGGGGUCAGUCAAGAGCACAUCAAGAACCUGCACAGCAUGAUUCCAGGAAUUGUUGCCAUGCAGAUGGAGACCUUGGAAUCAGUGCACCGGGAGAGUCGGCGCCUCCCCCCCAUUCAGAAGCCCAAGAUCCUGAGGCCCCUGCUGCUCCCGGGGGAGGAGUUUGUGUCAGAGGGUCUGCGUGUGGUCUUGGACCCCGAUGGGCGCGAGGAGGCCACAGGGGGACUUCUUGGCGGGCCACACAUCCUGCCAGCAGAGGGAGCUCUCUUCCUUACCACCUACCGCGUUAUCUUCAAGGGCACCCCUCACGACCCCUUAGUGGGUGAGCAACCAGUGAUCCGCAGUUUCCCGGUCUCCACCCUGACCAAGGAGAAGAAGAUCAACAUUCAGAACCAGCUCCAGCAAAACAUGCAGGAGGGCCUGCAGAUGAGGUCUGCCUCUUUCCAGCUGAUCAAAGUUGCCUUUGAUGAGGAGGUGAGUUCAGAGAUGGUGGAGAUCUUCAGGAAGCACCUUCAGAGACUGCGCUACCCCCAGUCCAUCUUCAGCAUGUUCGCCUUCGCCGUGGGCCAGUCCGUCCCCCAGCUCACCCACCCUAAACAGAAGGAGCGGAACACAGGGUUUCGCACACUUUCUAAGACCCUGGUCAAAGGAGCAAAGAAAGCGGGAAUGAUGACGAUUGGACGUCAGAACAUGGCAAAGAAAAAUGAGAAGCGUAUGACCUGGAACGACGAUGAUGACAUCUCGGUGUCAGAUGAUGGGGAGCAGCCGACCAGCAGCACCCUGCGGACCUCGGAGAAGUCCACUAUGGAGCAGCUGGUAGAGCGCGCCUGUUUCCGCGACUACCAGCGCCUGGGCCUCGGCACCAUCACCGCCAGCUCGUCACGCUCCAAGAGCGGCGAGCAGUUUAGAGUCACGGCUGUCAACCGGCUCUACUCACUGUGCCGCAGUUACCCUGGGCUGCUGGUGGUCCCUCAGUCAGUUCAGGACAGCAGCCUGCAGAAGGUGGCACGCUGUUACAGACACAACCGUCUGCCCGUGGUUUGCUGGAGGCACCCCCGUACCAAGGCCGUGCUGAUUCGUUCCGGUGGCUUCCAUGGCAAGGGUGUAGUUGGGCUCUUCAAAUCUCAGAACCCCUCCUCUACUACUCCUGUCUCAUCCUCCGAGUCCUCCAGCAGCCUGGAGCAGGAGAAAUAUCUUCAGGCCAUACUGAGCGCAAUCCCCAUAUACUUCAAAAUGAACGGGAAUAACACCCUCUCCAACCGCUCUCUCAUUGGCUUAUCUCCAGGCAGUGAGAGGCGAACAUCAAGGAUACCAAAGAUGACUCCCGUCCACUUGGAGUCGCCCUUCUCCAACAGCUUUGCGAGAGGAGGUGUGUGGGCGAGCCUCCGCUCCAGCAGCCGCUUCUCUCCCCACCCCACGGCGGCGGAGGUCGGCGCUCGGCUGGCGGGGAACGACCUGGCACCCCCUGCAGGCAGCGAGAGCCUGCAGGCCCAGCUGCUGAAGCAGCAGGCCGCCUUCUACAUCUUCGGGGAGAAAUCCCACCUCAGGGGCUUCAAGCUGGAUGCAGCUCUGAACUGUGAGCUGGUGCCAGUAGACUUUGCCGACACACGGCAGGUAAAAAGCGCAUUCAAGAAGCUGUUGCGUGCGUGUGUGCCAAGCUCAGGUCCACAGGAUACAGAGGACACCUUCCUCAAGGCCCUGGAGGAGUCCGAGUGGAUCCUACAGCUUCACAAAAUCCUGCAGCUGGCUCUACUGCUGGCGGAGCUGCUGGACGGUGGGUCCUCUGUGCUCGUCAGCCUGGAGGACGGCUGGGACGUCACCACCCAGGUGGUGUCUCUGGUGCAGCUGCUGAGCGACCCGUUCUACAGGACCCUUGAGGGCUUCCAGGUGCUGCUGGAGAAGGAGUGGCUGUCCUUCGGGCACAAGUUCAGCCAGCGCAGCGCCCUGACCCCCAGCAGCCAGGGCAGCGGAUUCACGCCCGUCUUCCUGCAGUUCCUGGACUGCGUGCACCAGAUACACAAUCAGUAUCCCAUGGAGUUUGAGUUCAACCAGCAGUACCUGAAGUUCUUGGCCUACCACUACGUCUCCAAUCGCUUCAAAAACUUCCUCCUGGACUCGGACUAUGAGCGACUUGAACAUGGCACAUUGUUUGACGACAAGGGAGACAAACAGGCCAAGAAAGGGAUCUGCAUCUGGGAAUAUAUAGGCCGAAUGCACAAGAGGAGCCCCCUCUUCUUUAACUACCUGUACAGCCCUGAGUCUGAGCCGGUACUGAGGCCUUGCAUCAGCGUGGCCAGCCUGUGUAAGUGGGACUACUACACCGGGGAGACUUUGUCCACGGGCCCGUCCUACGACUGGAGGAUGGUGGCAGGAAAGACAGGGGGCGCUGAGGACUCGGACACCAUCGCCACUAGCAAGCGCAGGAUCGUGUGGCCCUGCUACAGCAGCGUGGGCCGCGCCCAGCCCGACGCCAUCUCCAAGCUGCUGGCCGAACUGGAGCAGCUCGAGGGGGAGCUGAGUCAGAUCCCCGAGCGCUGGCAGGUCACGCUGGAGAGGGUGAAGGUCAGCAUCAAAGACGAUCUCAAGCAGGAGGGCAAUCUCCGGAAGCAGUCCGUGUCGCUCUCCGGCCUGAUCCCCACCUCCGGCCUGCAGGCCUACCAGCGCCGCUCUAUGCUGCACCUCCCGGACAGCGGCCUGGGGGAGGACAGCAGCCCCACCGCCUCAAACGGCGUCAGCAGGAGAGCCGCCACACUCUACAACCAGUUCACCCCCAAGAACGAGGAGAACAGGUCAUUUGAGGGCGUCCUGUUCAAACGGGGCGCUUUGCUUAAAGCUUGGAAGCCUCGUUGGUUUGUUUUGGAUGUCACCAAACACCAGCUGAGGUAUUACGAUACGGGCGAAGACACCAACUGCAGGGGUCACAUUGACUUGGCAGAGGUGGAGUCUGUCCUGCUUGCUGCCCCUACAAUAGGAGCACCCAAGCACAUCAGCGAGAAGGCCUUCUUCGAUCUCAAGACAACCAAGCGUGUGUACAACUUUUGCGCUUCAGACGCUCCAAGCGCCCAGCAGUGGAUGGACAAAAUCCAGAGCUGCAUCUCCGAUGCGUGACCGCUCCCCAUCCACACCCUAACCCCUAACCCCUGACCCCUGACCCCUAACCCCUGACCGGAUGUGGCAUGGUGUCAGAUAGGUCUUCCAAACCGUGCUCUGGAGAUCCCCACCCCUCAUGCUUCCACUCCAGGGCCAAUACCCACUCACAGAACAGGACCUUACCAGUACGGUUGCACUAAUGACACAACACUUGUUUAUCUCAAAAAUCUAAAAUGACUCUUGUGACACCAUUUGCCAUUAAAACUGUGGAUUUAAAUGUAAAGUAAUAAAAUGAUAGAAGUAAAGACUAUUUAAUUGCUUAAUUAGUCCAAUUUAAGUAGGCUUUCCUGCUUAUGAAUACAGAAGUGAGGACAUCCAAAAAUGGUUGAAGCUUGUUAAAAAUGCACUAAGGAACAAGGCAAUUUAUUUGCACUUAAGCCUACAAUAUGCAUUCCAUAUAACUUAAACACACCAGCCAGGCAAAAAGCUGUUACUUUAUAAAUAUGUACAUAUGACCUGAGCAGUUUUAAUUGAAGAAUAAAUGAAGAAGAAAUUGUACACCAAAAGCUCUGAAUAUUUCCUGACAUUUUGAAGCUCUGUAACAAAUGGUUUUCUUUUCAUUUAUAUUUAAAUGUGCAUUUGUGAAUGGUUUAACUUGUGGUUAACAUUUUGUUCUGGUUAAGUAAAUUAAGUUCAUAUUAAAUAUGUAACUUGUAUUUAUCAAAGCAUGGUCAACAAUUUGUUGGAUUACAUAUGUAAAUAUCUCAUCCUGUGUAAUUUUAUACUUUUUUAUACAUUUGUUUUGAACAUCUUGUUUUUAUCAAACAAAAUCAGUAAACAUCAGUACAGCUUUGCUCUGUUUAAUCUCUUGUUUUAUGUCCUGAUAUUAUGAAUACAGUGCUUUCUGUGUGUGCUGGGACUGAGCUGUAAUGUUGUUUAGUGUUUAUGAAGGAGAGAGGACCAAAGCAUCAAAGGCCCUGUUCCUCAAAGAUUGUUUUUGAGAAAAGGCUCCUCUCCGCAAGCUGACACUGGUUUAAAGAAACGGCAGGAAAACACCUGCCAUCUAAAAGUUGUUUUAGAGACUUGUUACUUUCCUUUUACAUAAUGGAUCUAAUAUCAAUCCGAAAUAAAUGGAGUACUUGAACAUUAUGUUCCAGCCUAAAAGUUGGCAUUUAUCUUAAACCCGAUGAAUCCAUGUCAAUUUAUGUUUUUCCAAUAAUGUCAUGUAUGUGGUAUGGACCUUGUCUACUGUUGUAUUGUGUGAUGACUUAAAGAUAUCUGUUCUGUUCACCAAACUGGUGGAAAAAAUCUUGAUAUGUUAAUUAAAAGAUUAUUGCCCCAUU